CUUUUCUGUAGCAGAGCUAGAGGUCUAUCUGACAACAUUUCGUAAAGCUGAAUCCGAUGUUUUAUUAAAGCUGCUCGAAAAACCAACUUCGUCGGCUAGCCAACACAGCUAGCAGCUCACUUUAGGCAUGCGAAUCACUCGUACAUCAUCAAACGCUGCAGCAGCUCUUUUCUACAGGGCUUUGCUGUAUUAUGAGCUGUUGUAAACCGUCACGUUUCAAUCGAUUCUCAGGAGGAUCUGUGCCAGGUGCCACUAUCGCUGUACCCUCACCUGACAUCAGCAACCGGACCAAAAUGGAAGCUAGUUUUGGAUCCACGUUUCCAGCAGUCCCUCAAGUAGCAAAAGCGGAAACCAAUUACAAACAGCAUCGUAGAACCCCUUCAUCCUCCAGCACUCUGACCUACUCGCCUCGUGACGACGAUGAUGGCAUGCCGCCCAUCAGUACCCCUCGUCGGUCAGACUCUGCCAUCUCGAUUCGCUCCCUGCAUUCUGAGUCCAACAUGUCGUUGCGCUCCACCUUUUCCCUGCAUGAGGAAGAGGAAGACACAGAGCCGCAGGUGUUUGCAGAGCAGCCCUCCGUUAAGCUUUGUUGCCAGCUGUGCUGCAGCGUGUUCAAGGACCCCGUCAUCACCACCUGCGGACACACAUUCUGCAGGCGAUGUGCCUUGACCUCUGAGAAAUGCCCUGUGGACAAUUCCAAGCUCACAGUGGUAGUGAAUAACAUAGCGGUGGCUGAGCAAAUCGGUGAGCUUUUCAUCCACUGCAAGUACGGCUGUCGGCCAGCUGCUUCAGGCAAGCCCGGUGCCUUUGAGGUUGACCCACUUGGCUGUCCUUUCACCAUCAAGCUCAGCACCAGGAAAGAACAUGAAGUGAGCUGUGACUACAGACCUGUUCGCUGUCCCAACAACCCCAACUGCCCUCCGCUGCUCACCAUGAACCUGGAGGCCCAUCUGAAAGAGUGUGAACACAUCAAAUGCCCUCAUUCUAAAUAUGGUUGCACCUUUAUUGGGAAUCAGGAUACAUAUGAGACGCACCUGGAGGUGUGUAAGUUCGAGGGGCUGAAGGAGUUUCUCCAGCAGACGGAUGACAGAUUCCAUGAGAUGCAGGUGACACUGGCGCAGAAGGAUCAGGACAUCUCAUUCCUGCGCUCCAUGCUGGGCAAACUCUCUGAGAAACUAGACCAGCUGGAGAAGAACUUGGAGCUCAAGUUUGAUGUGCUGGAUGAGAAUCAGAGCAAGCUCAGUGAAGAUCUGAUGGAGUUCCGAAGAGAUGCUUCCAUGCUGAACGAUGAACUGUCCCACAUCAAUGCCAGGCUCAAUAUGGGUAUACUGGGCUCCUACGACCCUCAGCAGAUCUUCAAAUGCAAGGGUACCUUUGUGGGCCACCAGGGUCCGGUAUGGUGUUUGUGUGUGUAUUCUACCGGUGAUCUUCUCUUUAGUGGGUCAUCAGAUAAGUCCAUCAAGGUUUGGGACACAUGCACCACAUACAAGUGCCAGAAGACCCUAGAGGGCCAUGACGGCAUAGUGUUGGCAUUGUGCAUUCAGGGGAACAAGCUCUACAGUGGCUCAGCUGAUUGCACGAUCAUUGUUUGGGAUAUCCAGACCUUGCAGAAAGUGAACACUAUUCGGGCACACGACAACCCUGUGUGCACUCUGGUGUCCUCUCACAACAUGCUCUUCAGCGGCUCUCUCAAAGCCAUUAAGGUGUGGGAUAUUGUGGGCACAGAGCUGAAGCUAAAGAAGGAACUGACUGGCUUGAAUCACUGGGUUCGAGCUCUGGUUGCUUCUCAGAAUCAUCUGUACAGUGGAUCUUAUCAAACCAUAAAGAUCUGGGACAUCCGUUCUCUGGAGUGUGUGCAUGUGCUCCAGACCUCUGGAGGCAGUGUGUACUCCAUUGCAGUCACCAACCACCAUAUAGUUUGUGGCACCUAUGAGAACCUCAUUCAUGUUUGGGACAUUGAGUCCAAAGAACAGGUGCGGACUCUGACAGGCCACGUGGGCACAGUGUAUGCCCUGGCCGUUAUUUCCACCCCCGAUCAGACCAAAGUGUUCAGUGCCUCCUAUGAUCGCUCUCUCAGGGUGUGGAGCAUGGACAACAUGAUCUGCACCCAGACUCUGCUGCGGCACCAGGGCAGCGUGACGGCACUCGCUGUAUCCAGAGGAAGACUGUUCUCUGGAGCUGUAGACAGCACAGUAAAGGUGUGGACAUGCUAAACGUGACCCCUGAGCAUUAUUAGUUGUCAGCAUGAAUCAACUCUGUUGUCGACAUGAACUCUGAUGCACAGACUUAUCAAUGAGAACAUUUCAACAUACAUUGGACAGGAGAUGUUUUUUUUGUUGUUUUUUUGACCCUGUGGACUCGGGCAUCUGACCCGUGUGAAUUUUGCAGUAAAAUGUUAGAAGUUGUCUGGGUUUAUGUGCUGGGCAGAUGAUGGUGUUUGCUUUCCACAUACCGGACACGUCUUGACGGCAAACAAAGCCUCCAAACCUGCAGUCUUUAUUAACACCCAGCGGAGCGCAGCCAACAUGACAACACAGUAUUUUAUAUACACACAUAAGAUCAUUUCCUAUAAAAGUAUGAUUUAGAUUUGGCAAGACUUCAACUGAUCUACAAAUGAAGCUGAAUCCAGUCCAAGGUCAUGUUCCCAGCAGACCACGGAAAUGUUUCUGCGAUGACUGUCGAACUUUUGACCAUUGUGAGUCACAGUCUCAUGACUAAGUGAGUGCCUAAGCUUCUGUCUGAUGCCAGUGGAGAUGCAUGGAGUGACCAUCAUCCCAGGGCUGAAUGAAGACCUACACUAAACCAACUUGGGCCUGAAACAGCAGAGCAUUGACAACACAGUGCCCAUGUUUUUAUCUAAGAUUUGACAGUGCCAACUGAGCACCCAGAACUGCUCAGAUAUUUUCUAACUGCCUGUUGACUGAUGUGAAACCUUUUGUAUGACGGUGUAAUGACCUAAUCAUCCAUCAUGCUUGUGUAAAUAAUGCAAUGUUUCCUUACCAAAGGCUCAACUGCUUCAUGCAUGGUUCCAUGUUUGUUAUGGAAGUCAGAUUUUGCCCAUGCAAAGCUAGUAAGACUUUUACAGUGUAAUUCAUGCUAGUUACUAAAUCAUUUUGAACAGUAAGUUCUAAUUAGUUUGUGUAAGGCACAUAAUUCACUGAGCAUCCCAGCAUUACUUUGAAGGAACACCGAGUUGAAUGGAAGGGAACACAAUUUUGCAUUCAACUUGAGGUUGAGUUCCUCUUUCAGCUUAAAGGGACAGUUUACCCAAAAGUGAAAAUUAUGCCUUCAUGCUGUUCCAAAUCUAUAUUAUGAUUUCUUUUGUUGAACAUAAAAGAUGAUUUUUUUUUUUUUUCAUCCAUACAAUGGAAGUUAAUGGGCACCAAAACUGUUUGCUCAUCAAAAUGUCUUUUGUGUUCCACAGAAGUGAGUAAAUCGAUUUUUGGGUGAACUAUCCCUUUAAUGUGAAGCGUACUAGAUAAGACAAAAGGCACUAAAACAAAACAAAACAAAAAACAGCUGCUAUUUUGGAUAUAACAGUGCCUUUUGGGGUGGCAUGGAGCUACUCCAUCCAGCUCCACACAUUUAGGACAAUUAUGGAAGUAAUGAACAGAUUUCAGCAGUGUUGUUCCCAUAUUUUUCCCUCAUCAAGCUUGACAGGAUGUGAUGUUAAAAAUGUUCAAAUGCAAACUACAAAAACAGUUUCUUGUAUAAAACACGAGACAGAUUUUUAAUGCUUGUAUUGAGUGAACUUGAGUCUUUUAUAUUCAGUCGCUAUCUUUAACUCGCACAUAACGUGCCGUUGACUCCCUCUAGUGUCCUUAAUACAUAUUCAGUUAUAUUAAAUAAAUCUGUGAAGGGUUGUAUGGCCCUUUGGUA